CCUUGCUGAUAACUUAUUCUGUUUGAGACCAAAGUCCAGACAAUGGAACUCAAUUGUGUUCAGUUUCUUCAAAACAAGACGAUUCUUGUCACCGGCGCUACCGGUUUCCUUGCCAAGGUUUUUGUGGAGAAAAUUCUGAGGGUACAACCAAAUGUGAAGAAGCUGUACCUUUUGGUGAGAGCAUCUGACAAUGAAGCUGCGACUAAACGGUUACACAUGGAGGUGUUUGAGAAAGAUCUCUUUAAGGUGCUGAGAGAGAAUCUUGGCGAUGAGAAAUUAAAUACUUUGUUGUACGAAAAAGUUGUCUCGGUCCCGGGUGAUAUAGCGACUGAUCAAUUAGGCAUGAAUGACUCUGAUCUUAGAGAACGUAUGCAAAAAGAAAUAGAUAUUGUAGUCAAUGUUGCUGCCACAACAAACUUUGACGAAAGAUAUGAUGUUGGGCUUGGGAUCAACACAUUUGGAGCUCUCAACGUCCUUAACUUUGCCAAAAGCUGUGUUAAAGUUGAACUGCUUCUCCAUGUCUCAACUGCUUAUGUUUGCGGAGAAAAGCCAGGUCUCAUACCUGAAAAACCAUUCAUCAUGGAAGAUAUUCGUAACGAGAAUGGUCUUCAAUUGGAUAUAAAUCUUGAAAGGGAGCUUAUGAAGCAAAGACUGAAAGAACUUAAUGAACAAGAUUGUUCCGAAGAAGACAUUACUCUCUCCAUGAAAGAACUCGGAAUGGAAAGGGCAAAGCUUCAUGGAUGGCCAAACACAUAUGUUUUCACAAAAUCAAUGGGAGAAAUGCUUCUUGGUAACCACAAAGAAAAUCUUCCCCUCGUUAUCAUCCGUCCCACGAUGAUCACUAGCACUCUUUCGGAACCUUUUCCUGGUUGGAUCGAAGGCUUAAGAACUGUCGACAGCGUGAUUAUUGCAUACGGAAAGGGAGUGCUCAAGUGUUUUCUUGUCGAUGUAAACUCGGUCUGCGAUAUGAUACCAGUGGAUAUGGUGGCAAACGCAAUGAUCACGGCUGCAGCCAAACACGCUGGUUGUUCAGGGGUUCACAUGGUGUAUCAUGUCGGCUCGUCUCAUCAGAACCCAGUGACAUUUGGAGAGAUUCAUGAGAUUGCGGUUCGUUACUUCACAAAAAACCCUUUGCGCAGUCGCAAUGGCUCGCUCAUAACCGUCUCGAAAGUGAGGUUCAUAUCAACCAUGGCUUUGUUCAGUCUCUACAUGACCUUACGUUACAAACUACCUCUCCAGGUACUAACAUGAACUUUGUAUAUUAAAUUUGUACAAUACGACGCUUGACCUUUUUUUCCUUCUAGUAGCUUACGUAGAAACUUAAAGCAAAACGUAUCUAAUAUUACUUUAUUACAAGUUUGUUUAAUUUGUAGAAUAUACUGUCUAUAUAGUCUUGUGAUUCCAUAUAUGUAUGUUAUAAAAAUACAGUACGUAU